CGGUGAGUGCGGCGGCAAACAGUUCUAGCAACGUUUUUGUACGGUACGGUGGCAGGUGCGGUGAACUUUUCGUUUGCAAUGACUCAAAACAUGACGUGCUGGAGUAGCGAAGACGACGAACUGUUAAUAGAUUUUGUGAAGAAUCAUGAGAUGUUAUAUAAUGUGAAGAGCAAAUACUACAGACAAGCCCAGCUGAAGCAAAAUCUGUGGUGUGAAAUCGGCGAUACACUUAAUAAAACAGAUGUUGACUGCAGCAAGAGGUGGGCCUACGUAAGAGAUUAUUAUAUUAGACGGAGAGGAAAACUUGACACUGGUUCCAGUGGUGAGGCAGCAAAGAAGAGGUCUGUUCUCCUAUCAUUCUUAGAUGGCUUCAGUUCAUCAAAAAGAAGCACUGUUACCAAUGUUGUUGGAGAUGAGAAUAGUAAGGGCAUAAUUACCGAGACUGUGGCUACGGAGGAGGAUACACAGGUUAACAGCGAAGAAAGUGACAUCACCCAACAUGAGGAACUCUUGGAGGAAGGUGAGAUGGAGAACAUUUGUAAUGAAAGGAGACAAAAUUUGGACAACGCGCAGCCACCAAAAAAGAGGAAAAGGUCAUCACAAUCUGAGGAACGAUUGCAGUUGCUUAAACAAAUAGCUCAGCGGCACGUAACUUCUCCUGAAAAUCAAUUUGAUGAGACAGACCAUUUUUUCAUGUCUAUGGCGAAAACUGUGAAAAAGCUUCCUCGAUAUGAACAAGCACAACUGAGGAUGGAAAUUUCCACGUUGGUUGGUAAUGCUGAAUUACAACAUUUUUCAACCCAAAGCGAAUGCAGUGACCCAACAUCACGAGCGACUAGCAGCUGUCAUCACAUCUUUGUCCAAAAACGAUCACCAGUUCAUGUGAAAUUGUGUGCAUUGUGUGGCAGCAUAAAACUCUUAGUAGAAGUUGCGCACCAACAAGACGUAUUGUCAAACCACAGCCAGUAAUUUGUCUUCGCCCACAGUCUCAAGCAACACACCAGGUCCCAGUUCUCCAUCACUAUUUUGUUUUUGCCAUCUUAUGCUCUUUUUAAGUGCUGUGGUCCUGACUUGUGCAGUUGGCACUAGUAACCCUUGCUAGAAACUCCGUUGAAAACGAAUUUUCCAUAACUAUAACACAAUUGAUCUCCAAGUUUGGGGAGAAGCAAGAGGGAGAUUUGGUGUUGCGGAUUUGUCUUUCCGCACACGUGCAGCAGCCGCGUUUGGAAACUGGUAUUGGAAUGUACGACAUAGGAAUUUAUAUACUUUUUUUUUCAUCACACGUUAAAAUUUUUCACAGUGGGGAAUUCGCAUUUGGCACAAUAUUAAAACUGAUCUGCAUAAAGGAUCUUUUUGGAUGUCUGGUUCUGUCUGUUUGGAAUUCUUGUUUUCUGGUUGACAGAAACGCCUCCUCCUUUCAUACACCUGAAACAGUUGACAAAAUGCUUUGUAUGUCAGAUCCUGGCAUCUAUAGAAGUCAAGGUCCAGCCUGUUUUUCUUCAGAGACACGUUCUUAUAGGAAAUUGUGUUCAUUUGGAACCAUUUUGUGAAUGUUACUAUUGUAACCACUGGAAUGAUCACUACCACUUGUACUUGGCUGAAAUGUAUUCAUAUACUUUGAAUCAGAAACUAAAUAAACAAAAUAACUGACAUAUA